AUGGCAAAAGCAAGCCUUGCACCCAGCAUCUACACGCCACUGAAACCCUGGGAGACGCGACUCAUCGAGUUGCUGCCUGGCGCAUUUGGUGACGACAUUGAAUGCCACUUACAGGUUGCGGUGGUCACAGCUGCUGAAGGUCUCGGGCUUGUCAACGACAACAAGCAGCAAGUGUACGAGGCGAUCAGCUAUACAUGGGGCUAUCCGGAACUCACUGCUCCAGUUAUCUGUAACGGUGUUACUACAUACGUACCGCCGCCUUUGUCUACUGCGCUGAAGUACUUGAGACUCCAAAGUGAAUCAAGGUACCUUUGGUGCGAUGCGCUGUGCAUUGACCAAGCAAAUUUGGCCGAGAAAUCCAUCCAGGUACAAGCAAUCUGGCGCAUUUUUGACAAAGCGAAGAGAGUCGUAGGCUGGCUAGGUGAGUUUGACGAACAGACUGCGGCCAGGCUGGACGAGAACGAGAUCCUCAUCUUCGACCUACCCUAUUUCAGCCGUUGUUGGGUACGAGCAGAGAUCGUAAACAUUGACAAAGUCGUCUUUCAGUACAACCACAAGACAGUAAACCCGCUCAGAGGCUCUCCAGGGUCAAACAUUGUGCGUAAAUUCUCCGCCUCGUCCCCCAUUCCGCCUGGGUUGACGGCAGCGGUCUGGAAGCGCGUGGUCCUGCUGAGUACAGACCAUGAGGAGUACUUCACUUCGUCCACACAAGUAGCUAGAGGGGUCCGGUUGACUACAGCAGCCUACGAUAGGCUCCGCUUUACUGUCAGCUUUGUCGAGCUCAUGCUCUCCAAUCAGCUGUUCGAAUGCACCGAUCGCAGAGAUAUUGUCUACUCAUUCGCGCCGCGGCUACAGAACCAGUGGACUCAUGUGUUGGAUAUCGCCAACUUCAUGAAGCUACGAACGGACUACGAUAUCAGCUUUGAGGAGCUACAGCAAGUUGUGAUCAAGUUCGUCAUGAAUCUGCAAGGCGAUUAUAGGUUGCUUUAUUGGUUCAGAUCAGCAGAUCAACAUCGCACUUGCAGCUGGCAACCCUCUUGGAACGAGCUUGCUGAUUCUCGCGGGCAGCCAUCAGUGCUAUACAUCAACUUGCUCGAACCAGACCCCCUGCUUUACGCCGAGAACUUCACCUACCAAGAUCUAAAACCCGACGGCCGUCUUCGCCUCUGCGCUCUACCGAUUGGUUUCUGUAGCAGUCCGCAAGCAUUGAAGAUCGAACCGCCGCCAUCGCAAUGGCUCACCUCAAGUCAGGAGUACCAAGUGAAGUAUGGAAGCGAUCUUAGGUUCUGGUCUGUCAGUCGCGCGUUCCUACGGGAAGACUUAAUCCUCGAAUCGCGUCGGGUUGCUGAGCCUGGCAGCGCACAAGCUGGGGACGCAAUAGUUGUCCCUUGUGGCAGCGAAAGCCCAUGUAUUAUUCGUCGCCUGACAGAGCAUACAUGGCAAUUCGUCAGUUAUGCUCGCUGGGUCAGUGCCUCCGAAGCAAGUGCAGACAAACCAGUUUCCUAUUCCUGGACCACACUGUCGAGCUGGCUCUGGGACCAGGAUUGGGACAUCGGCCAGUGGGAGCAACCGCGAAGGGGCUUCCGGGACUACGUUCUGGUGUGA